AUGAACACGCUACACGAAAUCGCUCGUGUGGGCCUACCAUUUUAUCGAAGUAGAAAGUAAAAAUCUAUUUUAUACACAAAAGAGGGAAUCGUGGCGUUUGCAGACUCGAUCUAUCUGGCAAAAAAAUUCUUCGGACAAAAUAAAGAUCGAGAUUUGGAUUUGUGGUGAUCGUAGAAUAUAUUAACAACAUGUCUGAAGAAACGUCAGCUGAUCGCAAUGUCGAAAUAUGGAAAAUUAAGAAACUGAUUAAAAGUCUGGAAAUGGCCCGAGGUAAUGGCACCAGUAUGAUAUCCCUCAUUAUUCCACCCAAGGAUCAAAUAUCACGUGUCAGCAAAAUGUUGGCCGAUGAAUUUGGCACGGCCUCGAACAUCAAGUCGCGAGUAAAUCGUCUAUCCGUCUUGGGUGCAAUCACUUCGGUACAACACAGACUCAAGUUGUAUACCAAGGUGCCACCCAAUGGUUUGGUGAUUUAUUGCGGCACCAUUGUCACCGACGAAGGCAAGGAAAAGAAGGUCAACAUUGAUUUUGAACCUUUCAAGCCCAUCAACACGUCGCUGUAUUUGUGCGACAAUAAAUUCCACACUGAAGCCUUGACUGCCCUCUUGGCCGACGACAAUAAGUUCGGUUUUAUUGUGAUGGACGGUAAUGGAGCCCUGUUCGGUACAUUGCAAGGCAAUACUCGCGAUGUUUUGCACAAAUUCACUGUCGAUUUGCCGAAAAAGCACGGUAGAGGUGGUCAGUCCGCCUUGCGUUUCGCCCGUUUGCGUAUGGAAAAACGUCACAACUACGUGCGCAAAGUAGCCGAAGUGGCUACCCAACUGUUCAUCACCAACGACAAACCGAAUGUGGCCGGUUUGAUCUUGGCCGGUAGUGCCGAUUUCAAAACCGAACUUGGACAAUCCGAUAUGUUCGAUCCCAGAUUGCAGGCCAAGAUCAUCAAAAUGGUGGACGUUUCAUAUGGUGGUGAGAACGGUUUCAACCAGGCCAUUGAGUUGGCAGCUGAGUCACUGCAGAACGUUAAAUUCAUCCAGGAGAAGAAACUGAUUGGCCGGUACUUUGAUGAGAUUUCUCAGGACACUGGAAAAUACUGCUUCGGUAUUGAGGAUACGUUGCGUGCUUUGGAAUUGGGCUCCGUGGAAACCUUGAUCUGUUGGGAGAACUUGGACAUUCAGAGAUAUGUUUUGAAGAGCCCUGGCAGUUCUACGGCAACCACAGUAUUACAUUUGACGCCGGAACAAGAAAAAGACAAAUCCCAUUUUACGGACAAGGAGACCGGAGUUGAGAUGGAAAUGGUUGAGUCAAUGCCACUUUUGGAAUGGCUGGCGAACAACUACAAGAUCUUUGGUGCCACUCUGGAAAUUAUUACCGAUCGGUCACAAGAAGGAAGUCAGUUUGUACGCGGUUUCGGUGGCAUCGGUGGUAUUCUACGCUACAAGGUCGACUUCCAAAGUAUGCAACUCGACGAACUGGACAACGAGGACUUCGAUUUAGAUGAUUACUAGAUAAAUUUACAACGAUCCAUCGGGCGCUGCUUCCACUGAAGUCCAUAUUUUAAGAAGUGUCUCUUCCAACAAGCCACCACUCUUCUGAUAAUGCCUUAUUGUCAUCAGAUUUUAUUUUAUUUUAAUGUUAUUUGAAUUCAAAUCGAAAACUAAAAUAUACGUAUAUUGGAAAUGGAAUAACAAUACAAAUGUACCACACACAUACGCGCGCAUAUCUUUUUAACAUUCAAUGGAAAAUAAAUUAAAAAUUAUACAAACUAGUAGCAUAUAUA